CUGACGUCAUCGGCGAGCGACAGCGUAGGACGACUACAAGAUGGCGGACGCGGUGAGCGUUGGCGUUAAUCUGGACGCCUUUUCUCACGCCAUUAGCGGCAUUCAGGCGCUGCGCUCCAGCGUCAGCCGCGUCUUCGAGUCCCUGAAGGACGGUAUGAAGAACCGCGAGACACUGGAAGGCCGCGAGAAGCAAUUUAUCGCCGCCUUCCAGGAGAACCUGCAGGCGGUCAACAGGGACCUCAACGAGUUGGAGCGCCUGAGUGGCCUGGUGGGCCGCCCGUCCGAGUCGCAUCCCCUGCACAACAGUGGCCUCCUCAGUCUGGAUCCGGUCCAGGACAAGACGCCGCUCUACUCGCAGCUGCUGCAGGCCUACAAGUGGUCCAACAAGCUGCAGUACCACGCCGGCCUGGCCUCCAGUCUGCUGAACCAGCAGUCGCUCAAGCGCUCGGCCAAUCAGAUGGGAGCCUCGGCCAAGCGACGGCCCAAAGUCCAGCCCAGCACCCUGGUUCUCCCCCCGCAGUACGUGGACGACGUGAUUUCUCGGAUCGGCCGCCUGUUUCCCGACAUGAGCAUCGAACUUUUCCGACCGAACGGAACGUCCGCCGUGCUGCUGGUGACGCUGGGCAAAGUGCUGAAGGCUAUCGUGGUGAUGCGCUCACUCUUCAUCGACCGAACGUUGGUGCGGGGCUUCAACGAGAACGUUUACGACCACGGCGGCAAGCUGGACAUCUGGACCAAGUCGCAGCAUCAGGUCUUUCAGAAGGUAACGGACCACGCCACCACCGCCCUGCUGCACUACCAACUGCCGCAGAUGCCCGACGUAGUGGUGCGCUCCUUCAUGACUUGGCUGAGGAGCUACAUCAAGCUCUUCCAGUCUCCGUGUCAGCGAUGCGGUCACUUCCUGCAGGACGGCCUACCUCCAACGUGGAGGGACUUCAGGACCUUAGAAGCCUUCCAUGACACCUGCCGCAUGUGAAAGAGG